AAAUAAGACGCACCAGUCCACCGACCACUGGAGAGGAGCACCACAGGACCAGAGGAGAAGAAGAAGAGGAGGAGAAGACACCUCCAUCUCCAUCUCCAUCACCAGGACAAUGCUCGCAGCAUGCAUGGAGUUCCUCGGCCUCGCAAUGUGCCUGACCGGCUCCCUGCUGGUGAUGGUGGCCUGCGGGCUGCCCAUGUGGAAGGUCACUGCGUUCAUCGACUCCAACAUCGUGGUGGCGCAGACCAUCUGGGACGGCCUGUGGAUGUCGUGCGUGGUGCAGAGCACAGGCCAGAUGCAAUGCAAGGUGCACGACUCUGUGCUGGCCCUGAGCCAGGACCUGCAGACCGCCCGGGCCCUCUCCAUCGUCUCGGCCGUGCUCGGGGUGGUGGCUCUCUCGGUGACGGUGGCCGGUGCGCAGUGCACCAACUGCAUCCAGGUGGAGGCGGUGAAGGCGCGGGUGGUGAACGCCGGAGGUGUGAUCUACAUCUUCAGCGGGCUCUUCGUGCUGGUGCCUCUCUGCUGGAUGGCCAACAACAUCAUAGUGGACUUCCACGACCCGCAUGUGCCGCCGUCCAAGAAGCGAGAGAUCGGCGCGGCCAUCUACGUGGGCUGGGCCGCCACGGCGCUGCUGCUGCUGGGAGGCACGCUGCUCUGCUGCUCGCUGUCCCGGGGGGUGCGGGACACCAAGACCAGCAAGACCAGCAAGACCAGCAAGACCAGCACCUCCACUGGGGACUUUGACAAGAAGCACUAUGUGUAGGCUCUCUCAUUGGGUUGUAUUCAGGACUUCUGCUGGGGACGUUUUCCAUCUGCCUCAGAGGCUUCACACGCAGCUCUGGAGAGACACGUGAUGGACGUGAUGCACCAGAGGAGCAGCCUCAUUAAGCUCAUGACGUCUCACUGGUUGAUUGAAGGAUGAACAGUGUUUUUAAAAUCACCUUGUCAUCGUGCAGGUUGCUCAGCCUCUGAUUGGCUGCAGAGCUUCACUGUAAAUACAUCUGUUUUUUUGUGUACUGGUUUGUGUACUGGUUUAUGUACUGGUUUAUGUACUGGUUUGUGUACUAGUUUGGAGACUGGUUUGUGUACUGGUUUAUGUACUGGUUUAUGUACUGGUUUAUGUACUGGUUUAUGUACUGGUUUGUGUACUAGUUUGGAGACUGGUUUGUGUACUGGUUUAUGUACUGGUUUGUGUACUAGUUUGGAGACUGGUUUGUGUACUGGUUUGGAGACUGGUUCAUAUACUGGUUCAUGUACUGGUUUGGAGACUGGUUCCCACAGUGAGCAGACCAGUGAGCAGGGUGAUUUGCAUUUGAAUACAUGCAGUGUGUUUUUGUACUUCCUGUCAUUUUUUUUAUACUUUUCUAAUAAAGACAAAAAAA